AGCGAAGUACCACCCGGAAACGUACAGUGUGCCUACGCCACAGUAAAAUAGUACCAAACGAAACUUUGGACAAAUCCCUGCGCAUACAAGAUCUGCCCCUUGGUCCUUGCUUUGGUCAGGCCGAAUGAAUGGUCAGCAAGUCUGUCAUGGUGAGAGUAUGAGAACUAUUCGUGUGGUAUGCAGACGUGCCCUACUUGCACCCCUGCACAGUGAGUGGGUGGAUGUACAGGUCUGCAUGCAGUACCGGUAGUCUUCUGCGGCAGCACAAAGACGAACCCACGGGACAACAGCGCUGAGAACAUGUGGUUCUCCAUUCUCUUCUUCAGUGUUUUGGCCACCAGGGCUUUUGUCCAUGGGCACCCUACAGAAAGGCGAAACGAGGAUCGCCACGAAAGGGGCAACACGGAGGUCAACUUCCCAGGUAGCCCUCUUGGCAUCAUGACCAGGCUUGAAGACGCACCAAAGCGGCUUAGCCUCGAACCCAGACACUCCAGAAGCAAGCGGCACGGGCCUCCGGGCCACCGGGCGGACCCUACCAUCCGGCUGACCGGCACGGGGGUGAACGUUACCCAUCGGGGGAGGGUGGAGGUUUGGUGGAACGGCGGCUGGGCCGUGAUCUGCGAUGACCUAUGGGACAUCAAAGACGCCGACGUCGUUUGCCGCCAACUUGGGUUCAGAGGCGGUGCCAUACGCGCGGUGGGUGAGUCGUGGUUCGGCUCCGGGAACGGUCGGUACGCCCUGGACAACGUGGAUUGCCGCGGGACGGAGAGCAGGGUGCAGGACUGUCCUCACCUUGGCUGGGGUCAGAACAACUGCCGCCCGAACGAGGCGGCGGGCGUCAUCUGCGUCAGCGAGAGAGCCAUUGACACCUCUUGCUUCGGGGACCCCAGCGGUUACCAUGGGAACGUGACGACCACGGCAGCCGGGAUGCAGUGCCUGAACUGGAUGAACUUCCCCAGCGUGGUGAGCGGGUUUCCGGACGCCGGACUGGGCGAUCACAACUCCUGCCGGAAUCCGGACCAUGACGUCAUUCCAUGGUGCUUCUACGUCGCGGACGGCUCCGUCAGGUGGACGUACUGCACGUGUGAUGGCCACAGAACACGCCCCGUGCGGCUGGUGAACGGUACUGCACCUGGGGAGGGGCGCGUGGAGAUCUACUUUAACGGGGAGUGGGGAACCAUCUGCGACGACAAGUGGGACGAUCGCGACGCCAGGGUCGUCUGCAGUAACCUUGGUUACAGCGGGGAGGCCUUCGCCAUCUCGUUCGGGUAUUUCGGGCGCGGCGCGGGCCCGGUGCUGAUGGACGAGGUGGAGUGUGGCGGCGGUGAGCGGUCCGUGGUGCAGUGCUUCCACAGCGGAUGGUACGUGCACGACUGCAGCCACGCCGAGGACGCAGGGGUGCUGUGUGAGGCAGAACUGGCCGUACCUACAGCUGUACCCGCUGCAACUACGGUCCGGCCGGACAGGAACUAUUCACAGCCAGGUGAGAGGAAAGAGAGAGAAAAGAGAACUUCCUAG